CGUACCCAACCGGGCGGUGCUGAGGCCGGCAUGGCGGCUGCUAGUCCCAACGCCGAUGGGCCGUGUUGCGCCCAUUCGGGCGCGACGCCCGGCGCGCGGCAGACGCUGGACGAGAUGGACUUCGAGAGGGAAAGAAAAGCUCAAGCAAACUGCCAGAAUGACACUGGAGCAGUCUGCCAGUCUGUAUACAAGUCAUUGGGAUUUGGUAGGAAUCAGGGGAGCUCUGCUCAGACAGCCACGUCUCCAUUUUUUAGGACUGAGAGAGCCGCAGAAGUUGAGCAACAAAGAGGAGGGCCCAGUGAGGGCAUGGCUUUUGACUCAGGCCUCUCUCCACAGGCUGCUGAAAAGGGUCACGCGGACAUCUGCUCCCUCCUGUUGCAACACAGCCCCGCCCUGAAGGCUGUCCGGGACCGGAAGUCACGACUAGCGUGUGACCUGCUGCCCUGCAACAGUGACCUGCGGGACUUACUGGCCGGCUGAAUCGCCACCCUUCUGUUUUAGGCUGCCAGGCAAGGGUACACAGACUAGGUCUUCAAGCCCCUGCCGUGCUCAACAUCAAUGCUGCAGGAUAGGAAACUGAGGUCCGGAGACCCAUUUUGGCCACUGGGAGUGAGGGAGUAGAUUAGGUGGGGCUGCAAGUGCGGAAGCCUGGGCAGGGAGUCGGUCCUAUUCUAAACGAGUCCACAUGGAAAUAUCUAUCCGUUUCGGAAAUAAAGUUAUAUCCUUGCCUUGU